GGGCUAACAUGACGUCACACCGUUAUCCGGUACGGUUCUCGUUCAUCGCCGCUUCCGCAGAAUCACAUCAACAAGAAUCACAUCAACAGAACCGACAGCACAGGAGAGGAGAGAACCGGACCGAGCCGUGGACACUCCAUCACUCCAUCAUUAUAUCAGUCCUCUCUCAGUGCACUGCGGCUGCUGCUGUUUGUUGUUGUUGUUUAUUUGGAGCUGAGGGAUUUUUGGGGACUGCCGCGGUGUGAACUUGACCAUGUCAGAGCCGGGACAGUGAUGAAGAAACGGAGGGACUCUUCAGCUCUCCUGAUCCACACACUCGGUAGGUAGGUCAUCCUUUGUUGGACAAUGAUCUGGCCCAGUGCUUUGAGACCGUUCUGUUAUGGAUAGGGUUCUCAGUGAUACUCAGUGACACUUGGUGACCUGUGUCUGGAGUUCCCUGGAGAGGAAGUGAUUUGGUCUGUAUUUCACUUUUGCAUUCCCAGUGCCAUGGUUCUUUCAAAAAAAGAUCUUGCUGAGAACAUCCAUUGUCCAAGCUGCAGGAUUUGCAAACACAGCCGGUGGCUAGUCGAGAUGUUUUCCCUCGCUUCUGCAUGGGGCUAGAAGGUCUGUAAACUCUGACACUGCCCCUAUACCAAUGGUUUCGGCUCAAAUUCUGGACCUCCACUAAAACUAGCCACUGAUCCAGAUCACCUGCAGAGCAUUGAGGGAUCUCCGCAUUCACCAGGCUGCGUGAGCUACACGUGUUGCCGGAGAUGGACACGGUGUCCUUGUGGAUUUUUAAAUAAGUGACUUGUUGUGAGCUCUGGAGCGAGGAGGACUCGUGCUCCAUGGCAUGGGUGAAGCUGUUCAGGAAGCCGGGGAGCAGUGGCUUUGGUGCUGGUGCAGGAGGCGUCGCAGGUCCAGGCUUGGGGAAAUCAUAUCAACCAGGAAGCAUGCUCUCACUGGCGCUCACCAAGGGUCUGCUGAAUGAACCGGGCCAGAACAGCUGCUUCCUCAACAGCGCUGUACAGGUUCUCUGGCAGCUGGACAUCUUCAGGAGGAGUCUAAGACAGCUCUCAGCUCAUUUCUGCCUCGGGGACGCUUGCAUCUUCUGCGCUUUAAAGAGCAUCUUCAGUCAGUUCCAGCAGAGUCGGGAGCGAGUGUUGCCCUCAGACUCGCUGCGGCACGCGCUGGCUGAGACCUUUAAAGACGAGCAGCGUUUCCAGCUCGGACUCAUGGACGACGCUGCAGAAUGUUUUGAGAACAUCCUUGAGAGGAUUCAUCUGCACUUGGUGUGUGAUUCAGGUGAAAGUUGUACCUCUAGGUCCUGUAUCACACACCAGAAGUUCUCCAUGACUCUGUAUGAACAGUUCGUGUGUCGGAGUUGUGGAGCGUCGCUGGAUCCUCUGCCCUUCACAGAGUUAGUGCACUACGUGUCCACUACGGCCCUCUGUCAGCAGGUGGAGCGUGCGUUGGAGAGGACGGACAGGUUGCGCUCUGAUAUGUUCAGUGAACUGCUGCAGGCAGCAAACACGAUUGGAGAUCUGCGUAACUGCCCUAGUAACUGUGGCCAGAACAUCAAGAUCCGCCGAGUGCUGAUGAACUGCCCCGAGAUUGUCACCAUCGGCUUCGUGUGGGAUGCAGAACAGUCCGAUCUGACCGAGGAUGUGAUCCGAUCUCUCGGCCCUCACCUCAACCUGUCAGGGCUUUUCUACAGAGUUAUGGAUGAAAAUGCUAAGAAGCGAGAGCUUCACCUGGUGGGAAUGAUCUGCUACUCCAACCAUCAUUACCUCGCCUUCGCCUACCACAGCAAGUCUUCCAAAUGGGUGUUCUUCGACGACGCCACAGUGAAAGAGAUCGGCUCGAAAUGGAAGGACGUCGCAUCAAAGUGUAUCCGAGGUCAUUUCCAGCCACUUCUGCUGUUCUACGCUGACCCUGAGGGCAGCGCCGUGUCCAAUGAAGACGCCCCGCGACAGACCACCAUGUGGUCCCAGUACAAAUCUGCCCUCAAUGGGGAGGGGCCAGGUGAUGUCACCAUCUCAGGGCCAAAGAGAUUUGACGGAGGAAGAGAAGCUGCAGCGUCACUGCGCAUUAAUCACAAACACACACUGCAGUCAGCCAAUCGACUUAAAGUUUAUCCCGACAGUCCGAGAGAGACGUCACAUGGAGCAGAGAGAGCGAGACGAGAGACUGACCGAGUCCAUCGCAGAGCCGAGUCACUUCAACACAGAGACGUGACGUAUCCAGGAUCAUCGUCUCCUUCUGAGAAUGGCCCUCGCUCCCACUCUGACCAGAGAACACAGAGAACGCCCCGCCUAGAUCACUCGGAUCGCUCCGCCCCCCACAUGAGAACGGUCGGGUGUCCGGGGGGAAAGCCCAAGCCGUCGUGGCGUCCCGUGCGUGAAGUCCUGAACGUGGACAGAGUUCUGAGUGAACUGGAGCACAGGAGACAGCAGCAGCAAGUACAGGGAAGUCCACGCUGUAACCGGCGUCAGGAGAGAGCACCGUCCCAGCGCAGGCCCAGAGGACUCAUGACCAUCUACGAGGACGAGACCAGGCCGGAGACGGAAAGCCGCAGUUCACAGGAGUCUCGACGUGACACCGUGCUUCGAGGCAGAACCUCGGCGGUGAACAGAACAGACCACUGGACCAUCCAGAGGACGGAGUCGGGGUACGAGAGCAGCGACAGGCUGAGCAGCGGUUCUGCAAACGCAGAGUCUCCGGGGUUGGAGAACCUGCUGGGGAAGGAGACACGAGGAACUGAGGCUCAACAGCUCAGAGCUCCAGCUCACACUCGCAUGGACACUAAAGCAGAGGCGGUGCGCUCUCCACUGAUUCACAAUAAACACGUGCUGAAGUUUCCGGGCCGGAACGCUGAGAAUCUGCUGAAAGGAAGCCCAAAUGUGAGGAGGAAGGCGAGAUACUCUUCCUCAGAGUGUAACAGCUCGGAUGAGACGAGUAACACAGCGUCUGAGCAGGAGGACAGCGCCUACCGCUCCAGCACCAGUGAGACCGCGCCCGCAGAGUUGUCCCUGGCCACGCCCACUCAGCCUUCACGCUCAAAACACACCCCGAGAGCAUCAGAGGCCCGGAGAGAACAGCCUUUCCGUCCACGUCUCCUUCAGACAUCGGCGUCUGAUCUGAAGUGUGGAUCGGAGUCUGAGCGGCGAGACGACGAGACGAGCGAGACGGAACAGAGCCGUGGUAAAGCUGGAGUUGCUCUCACCACGUAUUUCUCUGUGGACAACUGCAUGACGGAUGCUUACAGACUGAAGUACCAUCACCAGAGACCGCUGGUGCUCAGCAUGGCUCCGCCUCCAUCCGAUAUCACCAAGAUCCGAUCUGACACGGGUUCAAGCAGCAAUAAAUCCACGGCAAAGUGGCACCCGGUAACAAUGAAAGGACUGGACGAGCGCGGGUAUCUGUGAAGGAGUGAGAGAGACAGAGAGAGAUAGAGAGAGAGAGAUGUCCUCAUCAGUGCAGUGUGUGUAAACAGAAAGCCGUGUGUUGAGUCUGGACACGAUGCAGCACACUGCACUGGGACGCUUUCAGAGUUCCAGAUAAAAUAAAAGCACGUUUCUGUCUUUUUUAUUUAUUUAUUUUUAUUGUUAAAGGGCCAUUGUUAAAUAUGCAGUUUAAAGCUGAAGGCCAAAGAGUCCUGGAAGACAGCAGAUCAUCACAGAGUGGUAAAGUUUCUCCAGCUUCUGACCGGGAUUAAAAAAGUGUGGUGGGUUUCUUUGUGUCAGAUCUCCAGACUUUCCUCCUGAGCAGAAGAGUAAAAGUCCACGCUGGUGUACAGAGUGCCUUCUGACUGAGUCGUCAUACACAACACUGGCAUGAUGACUCCUGUGAAGUGACUGAUCUACAACUAUGUCUCUAUAUAUAUUUUUCCAAAAUGCCUAUGCAUUCAUUUAUAUUCUUUGUUUAAUAAACUUGAGUUAAAACAUUCA